AUGGUACUCACUCUGUAUCCUAUUCUGUUUCUAGCUAUACAUCUCUUGCCUGGAGUGAAAAACUCAAUGGUACACUUGAAUAACAAUGGAUAUGACGGCAUUGUCAUUGCAAUUAACCCUAGGGUACCAGAAGAUGAAAAACUCAUUCAAAACAUAAAGGAAAUGGUAACUGAAGCUUCGACUUACCUGUUUCAUGCCACCCAACGAAGAGUUUAUUUCAGGAAUGUAAGCAUUUUAAUUCCAAUGACCUGGAAGUCAAAAUCUGAGUACUUAAUGCCAAAACAAGAAUCAUAUGACCAGGCAGAUGUCAUAGUUGCCAAUCCUUACGUAAAAUUUGGAGAUGAUCCCUAUACACUUCAAUAUGGACAAUGUGGGGAAAAGGGACAAUAUAUACAUUUUACUCCAAACUUCUUAUUGACUAAUAAUUUGCCCAUCUAUGGGUCCCGAGGCAGAGUGUUUGUCCAUGAGUGGGCCCACCUCCGAUGGGGAAUAUUUGAUGAGUAUAAUGUGGACCGGCCAUUCUAUAUUUCCAGACGGAACACUAUUGAAGCAACAAGAUGUUCAACUCAUAUUACUGGCAUUAAUGUGGUUUUCAAGGAAUGUCAGGGAGGCAGCUGUAUAACAAGGCCAUGCAGGCGUGACUCACAGACAGGACUGUAUGAAGCAAAAUGUACAUUUAUCCCAGAAAAAUCCCAGGCUGCAAAGGACUCCAUAAUGUUUAUGCAAAGUCUCAAUUCCGUAAGUACCUUCUUUUUCUAG